UAAGGAAUUAUAGAAUCUCUCUCUCUCGUUCAUCUUAAGAGAGAGAAACUCGCGAAAAAAAAUAAAAAUAAAAAUAAAAAUGAAAUUCACGGACUCGCCGGUGAUCGAGCUGAGCGUGCGGGACACGCGCCUCUCGUUCCAGCAGGACAACGGCUCGAUGCACGUCGGCACCUCCGUGUGGCCCUGCUCCCUAGUCCUCGUCAAGUUCGCCGAGCGCUGGCACCCGCUAACGUGCGCCGCCGCCGAGAACCCCUACGCCGCCCUCCUAGACUUUGCCGGCAAGCGCGGCGUCGAGCUCGGCGCCGGCUGCGGCGUCGCCUCCAUGGGGCUCUACGCGCUCGGCCUCCGCGACGUCGUCGUGACCGACAUCGCCCCCGUCAUGCCGGCGCUGAAGCGCAACCUCAAGCGCAACAAGCCGGCGCUGAAGAAAGCCCUAAAGGCCACGCAGCUCUACUGGGGGAACGAGGAGCAGACGAAUUCGCUGAAGCCGCCGUUCGAUUUCGUGGUCGCGACGGACGUGGUGUAUCUGGAGGAGACGGUGGCGCCGCUGAUUGGGGCCAUGGAGCGCCUGGUGGCGGACGGCGGCGUCGUGCUGUUAGGGUACCAAUUGAGGUCUCCUGAGGCGCACCAGCUGUUCUGGGAGAUGUGCGGCGGCGUCUUCGAGGUGGAGAAGAUUCCGCACGAGCAUUUGCAUCCGGAUUAUGCGUAUGAAGAGGCCGACGUUUACGUCUUCAGGAAGAAGAGGAAGGAGACGGAUUGUUGAAGGUUUCCAGCGACGAAAUUCCGAUGAGUGAUCUGUUUUCGUGUAGUAUGAUACUGCGAAAGACCAAGUUCGUGCCUUGAUCGAACAAUUAUCUGUGGCUUUGAAUUACCUAUAUCUUGGCGAUUUUGGCCUUGCAGUUGCAGCAACUCUGUUUCGAGCUAAAGACGAGCAUCUGAGCCAGAAUGCCAGAAAACAAGCACUUUUUAGAUGCUGUGAUGUUCGUUUUCCUGCGUUCUGUGUACAGAGUUUUUAGAUUCUCAGCGCGUUAACCUUGAGAGAAUCAAAGACGUAGUUGGUGUAGUGAAGAAAGGGUAGUUGAAUUGGAUUGAACUACCAGAAGAGGCACUCUGCAUGCUGAAACAGUCUUCGAUGAGCAAUUAAGUGUUGCUUAACCAAAUCAGAAAGGCGUUUGUAGUUGAUAGACUCUUGAUUCCAGACGAGCAGCGCAUCUAGGUGAAGUUCUUGCAAGACGUAGGUUUAGAUUGUUGUUGUCGAAGAAUCUCUUGGUGGGAUCAUAACUGAUCACCACAAACGGAUCCACAUUCUUCUAGAGCAGAAAACACUAACGGAAUUGUUGGGAUUUGGUAGGCUUUCGAUAGAGGGAUUGAAGAUGUUAAGAAUGGGUAGGAAGAAGAGAUUGUUGCUGAGCCACAGCAUGUUAAGAGGGCCGUCUUCUCGAGCACAAGGUUGUUUCUUCGUUGCGAAAACACGGUAUACGUUUGCUUCUAUCGUUGUUCCGUUGUGUUUCGUUUUGUUGGUGUACGCUUGUGUCUUACUGUGCAUUUUCUUGUUUGAUAAAAUGAAACAUGAUUUUGAUAUUAGGUGUUUUAUUGUGUCCUGGUGAAUUAUACUCCUAUUAUUGAAACAUGGUACAGAGAUGAUAUUAUAUCUACAAA